GCUGUUGGUGUGACACCAAGCGGGGCGGAAGUGUUUGUCGGUGCGCUCCAGGUGGUGAUCGGACAGAGAGACAGAGACAGACAGAGAGACGCUAAGGAAAAUGUUGGGAAGACCGAAACCUGGAGAAUCGGAGGAUGAUCUCCUACUGUUCCAGAAAAAGUUCCUAGCCACGGGAAUAUCUCCAGCUGCUAAAGUCAUAAAGAAGGCAGACAAGAGGAAAGUGGAACCCAACAGUGCUGAUGGAAGUCAGGCAGGCGAAGAUUUAAGAGACGUGGUUACUUUGGAAGCUCUUCCUGACCUUCCUCCACCAUUAAUGUCAGUCCCACCCAAGAAGUCCAAGGUUAAAGCAGAAAGAGUCAGAUUCCAAGAGGAUGAUGGGGAGGAGCUGAUGGAUCUACAGGACACACACAUCACAGCUGUCCUUUCCAAGAUUAUUGAGAGAGAUACGUCAGCGUGUCCUAUAAACCCUCCGAUAUCGACAGGGCUUGCCUUCCCAAAGGUCUUCCACAGGUCGGAGAUACAGAGCGAGUUGAAGCCAGUUUCAGGAAAGAAAAGUAUCUUUGCCCAGAAACUUGAAGCAAAAAGAGCAGCCGAAGCAUGUCAGGUGGCGUCUUCUGAACGUGGAAUCAGCCCAUUGAUUAUAUGCACAGGGACGCAAAGGUCAGCUCAGUCUCGGGCAACAGAAACGUCGGAAAAGAAACACUCACCAGGUACAGAUGUUGGGAGACCGACUUCAGGAGACAAGCUGGGUUUAGAAGGAGACCCUCAAGAAGCUCAGAAGAUUCACGAAGAGAAUUUAGCCAGACUGCAGGCCAUGUCUAAAGAAGAGAUUGAGGAAGAACGCAAUAAUCUCAUGGGCCGGUUAGACCCGAGUUUGAUUGCUUUUCUAAAGUCAAGAAGAUCAGGGAAAAGCUACAGUGAAGCCUCCAGCAAUAAAACCAAGGCACAAGAAGCAGAAAACAAUGAUGAGGAUAAGCAAAGGGAUUCUCGCCUCGAGGCCGAACUACAGUCCAACUCUCCCAACGAUGAUCCGAUGGAUCAACAAUGUAAAGAACCUGAUAUUCCACUGAAACCUGAGAAAGGAUGGGUCCACAUGGACGUACUGGAGUACGAGAAGCUGGAAUGGAUGAAAGACCUGCCCAAACCCAGACGGCGGAAGACCAACAAGGAGAUGCAAGCAAGGUUCAAUUUCCAAGGCGACUUAAUUCCUCCAGGUGUCGAUGUUCCAACUCACUUGGGGUUGCACCAUCAUGGAGAACAGCCAGAGGAAGCUGGUUAUUCGCUGCAAGAUCUCUUUCAUUUAUCACGCAGUCAGAUAAUUCAGCAGCGAACUCUCGCACUUCAGAUGUUGGCACGUGUCAUUCUAAAGGCAAAAGCUGGCGCCUUCUCCUCCUCCCUCAAGCACAGUGUUGUGCGAAUGCUGCUGGACGCUGGCUUUCUGUUCCUCCUUCGCUAUUCCCUGGACGAUAGCGUUGAGAACGUAAUUGCUGCCUGUAUCCAGUCCCUGAAGGCACUCUUGGUCUCCACCUCUGAUGAGGAAUGUCUCGACAGGACCUUCUCCUGGUACCUGGGAUCGUCAGUGUUCCCCCUUCGGCCUAAUGAAAUGGAAGAGGAGGACGACGAUGAUGAUGAUGAUGAGGAGGAAUCAAAAAUGAAACAAAACGAGAAAGCCAAGUCCAAGGAAGAUAAGAAAGCUGAUCCAGAUGUUGCCCGCAUUGAUGCUAUCAAAGGAUUGCUGAAGAUGAAAGUGCUUCACCGUCUGCGUUAUAUCCUUGAAGUUGUCCGACCUGCUCAGUCGGUCGUCCUUGACAUUUUGGAGAUCCUGAUUCGAAUAGCAAGACAUUCCUCUGAGGCUUGUAAUCAGAUUCUAGUGUGCUCGAGACUGGUGGAGACAAUUGUCUCAGAGUUCCUCCCAUCCACCUGGAAGAUUCAGACUCUGAGCAGGGGUGAUCCGAUGCCCAGUAACUACAGUGUGCCUCUUGCUGCUGCCAUGAAGCUAAUUCGUGUUCUGGCAUGUACCGGAAGGAAUAUGUCAGCUAUUUUGUUAAACAAAUUCAAUAUGAAGGAGCGAAUAGGGAGGUUCAUAGCACAAGAUCCUGGCGACCUGGCAUUGGAGCAGCAGGAAGCCUUUGCACUGAGCAUCGAGGCCUUGCGGCUGUGGGCUGUUGCAGCCAACUAUGGACAAGCAUGCGACAUGUACAAGGACUUCUAUCCUGCACUGAUGAAGAUUCUUCAGACCCUACCAAAUCUAGUGUCCCAUCCGAAAAAAGAGGACCCAUCGUUUGAUUAUUCCUUACAGAGAGCAGAGGCAUUGGUUUGCCUCCUGAUCAAUGUCACUCACACUGCAGGGUGUGCUUUUGAACUGCAGGCCCAGUUCACCUCCAGUGCGAAGGACCAGGAGGAACAUAUUCCACCUCCUCCAUUAGACUGGAGCCACGUGGCAGGUAUCAAGCCAUUCCUGGAGGGCUGUGUAAAAAGAUGCUUUAAGGAAAUCAGCUGCCCAGCGACCUGGAAUACAGUGAGGCAGCUAACUACAACAUACAUCAUCUAUUUGGCGACAUACUACAGCAAACUCAUCCAACAGCCUUCAUAUAGACCUAUUGAGUGCUUAGAAGAAUUGGAGCAGUUCUGCUUGGAGUUCUUGUUCCCGCUGCUUAAUCAGCCUACAUUAGAGAAGAUGUUUGAGGACCUCGGGUCUUUCUCAGCCUUGUGCAACCCCAAGUCCUGCUGUCUAGGCCCUGAGACACCUCGCAGCCUGGUAUCUCUGGGCUUUGUUGGAGAAGUGCCUCCCCUCAGCCUGACGGGGUCCAAAUCCCCUUUUGCCUUCCUGACUGCAUUGGUUUAUUUACUGGACACCAUCUGUGAUAUGCACAAAGGGUUAGCAGAAAAGUGCUCUACCAUUUUACACAGUAAAGGUCUGAGGGAUUACUUGGUCCACGGUUGCAAGAGGAGGCCGCCAAUAAACCACAAGUCCGCUUGGUUGCUACGACAUGAGUUCCACUUCCAGCACUUUGUGCUCAAAUUGGCAUCCAAGACUGUUGCUUUGAACCCUCAAGUUGCACAGCAAGCUCCUCUCUAUCACCACGUUGUGCUGGCAUUGCUAAGCCUGCUGCUACCAGGAAGUGAGUUCUUGGCCCAUGAUCUCCUCUCCAGGGUGGCCUUUAAUCAGGCGUUGAUACCAGAAGGCAAAUUCGGUGGGCCUGAAGCAGAAGACCUUUUGUACAUACUCCAGCUGGGAGCCACCAGGGACACUGCAGAGAAAGCCUGUGCAAACCCGACCCGUGGUACACUGCUGGGUGCAGCCUUCAACCAGCUUCCCACCAUCCGUGCCCGUUACCUUGCUCACUUUGCUCACCUCCAAACUUCCGUCUUGCGGUCCCAGAAAUUCUACACCGGCCAGAACCACCUGACUCAAUCUGUGCUGCUCCCUGAAAUGACUGGUCCACUUCUGCCGGCUGAUUGGGCUUUCCUGCCCCUGAUCAACUUGUACGACCAGGUGAGCAGGGAGGAAAUGAAAGGCAGGACGGUGGACUCUCUUCCCGAGAACCUCGUGGAAAUGGUGACUAGCAGUCUCCAGUGGGUGCUGUUGCUGGAGACGUGGCGAGGUGGACUCCUGCAAGGCCUACCCCUGGCUGCCAAGCUUGCACGGCUCUCCUGUGUGUUCCUCACCGGCAACAACCUGUUCCUGGAGCCAGCCAUCCGUGACAACCUGUCCGCCCUCCUGUCCAUCUACUGCCAGCAGAAGAGGAUGGACUCCCUGGACCUCAGCACCCCACUCCCAGGACUGGCCUCUUUUCACGAUCUGUAUAUUAGCCUCCUGGAACAGUUCGAGAGCGUCUCGUUCGGUGACCAACUUUUUGGCAGCUUUCUCCUGCUGCCCUUGCAGAGGAGGUUUGAUGCCCAGCUGCGCCAGGCUGUCUUCGGGGAGCAUGUUAGCGUGUUGCGGGCACUGGGAGUGCCGCUGAAGCAGCUGCCGAUCCCCUUGGAACAUUACACCCAACCCAUGGAGACUUCAUUGGAUCUUCUGCGCCAGUAUUUCAAGACCUUGGUGACCUGCACCCUACGCCUCAGUUGGUGUCCUGUGCUCUAUGUGGUGGCUGUUGCUCAAGUCAACAGCUUCAUCUUCUCACAGGAGGCUGUUGAUGAGGAGUUUGAUGCUGCCAGAAGGAGUAUGUUGCGAAAAUCAUACUUGUUAGCAGAUGUGGUGCUGAGAAGGCAUCUACUGCAUUUCAAGCUACCCAACGUGGAGUCAUCCACAGGGUUCGACAUGUACGAGGAGAUGCCCCCUGUGAGGCACAGGUGGCUGCAAAAAGUCCUUGGAGAUCUUCUAAAACUGGAGAGGGAGCAGGAACCACAAUAACAAUAGAGACACUGACUCCAUUGCACCUGUACAGUGCAAUCCCUAGGGAUGGUUCUGUGUGGAAACCAGAUCAGAAGCUUGGUGGAGAAAACCCUACUACCAUUUUAUCAAACGGUGAUUCCUUAUCUGUUUAUGAGGAAAAGGUUGUAAUCCGAUGGAAUACUGGCUCUGCUCUUCUCAAAAUGAAGGUGACUCCGUGAUCCACUCGGCUGUAGAUUUCACAUAUUGAGUGCCGACCAUCCUGAACUUUUUCAGACUUGCACUUGGAAUGAUCCACAGGCACCGUGGAAUAGAAAAACCGUGUCCAUGCUCACUCAGGAAUGUAGGAGUAGCCCAUUAUCGCUUUGUAAGUGAAGGCAUCUGGAAAAGGCGGAUUAAUUUUGUUGCUCCAGUUUUACAGUCAAAAAUUAAGGGUUCUCUGAAUAGCCUGGCAUAUUGUGAAUUAUGCAGAACUCGCCAUUUGCUCAUUCAUAGGUGUAAUUACUUGAUUUUUAAUUUGGUUCAUGUUGGUCAUGGUUUUCAUCUACUGUAUAGACUGGGUACAGUGGAAAAAGUUCAUUAAAUAUGAAAGGUAAAUGUG